UUGAACUGAUUACCAAAGGGAAAAUGAAGAAUGACAUAAAGAGACGUGAGAGACUGAGUCUGGGGUCUGACUGCUCUCUGAACAUCAAGAAAGUCACACAAGAAGAUUAUGGAAUUUACGUCUGCCAACAAAAUGGUGGACAACACCAAGGAUCUGAUGGACAUGUUUAUCUGCAUGUUCUUCAUGUCUCUUCAUCAUCCUCACAGACUGAGAUCAGACCAGGCAGCUCUGUGACUCUCUACUGUCAGUUGUAUUCAUAUGAUAGAUACCCUUGUGAUACUUUGGUCCGUUCUGAGGGACUUCAGCUGUUCUGGGUGAAUCAGGCUGGUGUGAAUCUGGCGACAGACUCCAGAUAUCAGAUAUCAUUCUCCUCGACACGCUGUAUCAUCACUCUGACUACAACACUCCUGAAUGAAGAUCUCAACAGAGAGUGGAGAUGUCUGGUUACUCAGAGAAACCAACUGAAGACCUCAGCCACUGUCAAGCAUUCAGCUCAAUCUGAUACAGUGACACCAGUGAUUCUGGUCCACACCACAAACUAUGAGGAUCCCUCGACUACAAACACACCAAAACUCCCUACACUCGUGAUGGUUGUUAUCAUUCCUGCAUUAGCCGUUCUCCUUCCUGCUGUUAUGCUUUGGGUGAUUCAUACAAAAAAGGCUGAUAAUAAAGAAGAAGUUGUUGAUCCUGAUCUGCUGACACGUGUGACGUAUUCUGGGAUUCCUGCAGAAAACAUGUCAAAGAGAGCAAUAUACUCUUUCUAGAAUUUACCACAUGGAAACAAACUCACUGGCUGGUGGUGAGAAGAGAAUCAGGAAACGUCAAAAUGUUUGUGAUCAAUGCGUUUGUUUAUGAAUGCUGCCUUUAAGAAUGAAUCUCAUAUUAAAGACUUGUCAAUAUCCUAA